AUGAAAAUCGAACAACAACCAAAAACUAAAGAAAUCUUAGAUAAGCAGCUCAGAAGAAAGAAUGUUACAUUUUUUGAGAUCGAAGAAAAAGAAAAGGGGUAUGAUAGUUUACUCUCCAUUGUUUUAGAUAUCAUUAAUAACACGAUGAAAAUACCUUACCAUAAAUGGGAAAUUAAACACGUUAAUAGGAUGGGGAAAAUAUCAGGAAAAGUCAAACCAGUUGUUAUCAUAAUAACAACAACAAGCAGGAGAAUAGAGAUACUUCAAAAGAAAAAUCGCUAG